AUGCAUUCUCAUUUUUUACCCGAUAACUUUUCGGCGAUUCAUCUGGAUUCUUCGUCGGCGAGUGUUUCAGACGGAGGCGUCGAUGUCCUCACAACCUCUGCUUGGCGGAAUGAAGGAGCUUGGACCGAUCGAAGCUUCUGGAUCCAUGUAUUUGUCGGCGAAGAGCUGGGAGUGUUAUACUGGAAGUUGAACCCUGAGAAUUACGAGAAUGUUUUGGAAAUGAGGAAGAUUAGAGAAGGAAGGGGUUACGAGUACAUGAAUGACAGGAAGAGGAGAGAAGAAGCACAUCGGCAUGAAGCAAUCCAUGUUCACCAUCCUGAAAAGGUAGCCGUAGGAUACUAUUGUUCCCUCUUCUUCAUGCUUUUAUAA